AUGAAGUUCUCAGCCGUUGCGCUAUUUGCAGCUUUUGCUGUAGCCUCUCCUCAUAACAAUGCCGUUGCACGCAAUAGCAUUGCUCGAAGACAGGCCGCUGAGGCAUGCUCUGUCGGCUACUGCACCCAGAACGGCGGAACGACAGGUGGUGCCGCGGGUGAGACCGUGACCGUGACCGACGUCGAUAGCCUCACUGAAGCAGCCGCGCAAGAUGGCCCUCUUACUAUCAUCGUCUCCGGCGCCAUCUCCGGCUCCGCCAAAGUACGCGUCUCCGCCGACAAGACCAUCUACGGAGAGACGGGUAGUUCGCUCAAUGGUGUCGGUCUAUAUGUCCGUAGAGUUAAUAAUGUUAUUAUCCGUAACAUGAAUAUCUCCAAGGUCCUAGCCGAGAACGGCGACGCCAUCGGUAUCGACGCAUCAUCAAACGUCUGGGUCGACCAUUGCGACUUGUCCGGCGACCUAAGCCUCGGCAAGGAUGAUCUCGACGGACUCGUCGAUAUCUCGCACGGAUCUGAGUGGGUUACCGUAUCCAACACAUACUUUCAUGACCACUGGAAGGCGUCGUUGAUCGGACACUCGGACAACAACGCCGAGGAGGAUGAAGGCUCCCUUCACAUCACUUACGCCAACAACCACUUCUUCAACACGUACAGCCGUGCACCGCUCAUCCGCUUCGCAACCGUGCACAUCGUCAACACAUUCUGGGACUCGUUGAUCGCAAGCGGUGUCAACACCCGAAUGGGCGCUCAAGUUCUGAUUCAAAGCUCUGCCUUCAAGAACAGCGCCAAGAAUGCCGUUUUCUUUGCCGACUCUAAGGAAACCGGCUAUGCCGUCCUCGACGAUGUCGACCUCGGAGGCUCGGAGAACACGGCACCGGCCGGCACGUUGACGGCUAGUUCGCUGCCGUACUCCCCUAUCGAGGUGCUGGGUUCCGCUGCCGUUCCCGAUACCAUACCCGGCACUGCCGGACAGAAAUUGUAAAGGGGUUAUUUAACUAUAUAUUUAUUAGCUAUAGUGUCGAA